AUGAUUUGGGAGAUUCCGAUAAUAGGCGAUUUUAUCACGAAGCCGUUCAAAGCGGCGAAACUCUACGAAUUCUACGAUCGGCUCCACUUGUUCACCGUCUAUCUUCUCGGCUUUUUCGUUCUACUCACCGGUGCCAAACAACAUUUCGGCAAUCCCAUCGAUUGUAUGCUGCCGAAACAACACGAUGAACUCAAAUCGUGGCGCGAGUACAUCCACAACUUCUGCCUCUUCUACGGCACCUUCCGCUACGAAGUGACAAACGGAACGUCUUCAUUCGGAAGCUAUACAGCUGACGACGCCUCUGUCAACUAUUAUCAAUGGGUUCCGUUCUUCUUCGCAUUCCAAGUCUGCUGUUUCCUCCUUCCCUUCUGGUGUUGGGCCUAUAUGCAGAAGAUGAUUUACAUCGACAUGGCUUUCAUCGUCGACUACGCUGGGAAGAUCAAUAGCGAAAAGACAUUCGAGAAAACGAAAGAAAAAGUGGAUCGGCUGGUGGCGUAUAUGAAUGAUCACUUUAGAUAUCGGAGGGCUCACAAGAUGGGAUACUUCUCGUGGAUCACGUUCAAUUCGGCGUUUCCCAGUGUCUUGUACAGUCUUACAAAGUUCUUUUUCAUCGCAAACGUCGUGGUGCAAGUGAAUUUGGUGUGCAAAUUCUUGGAUGUCGAUUCGUGGAUGUGGGGUUUUGAUGUAAGGAACUCGUCCAAAAGUUCCUGGAGCCAACACAACGUACACCUGAAUUCUACGCUUUCACCGACAAACAAAAAUUCGCCGCAAUCCUUCCGAUGGUGCCUACAAUCGAUUCCACUACAGGAGUCGGUGAACAAAUUUGUGAAUCACAAAGCGCAAUGCAUCAUUCCGAUGAAUGUGAUCAACGAGAAAAUAUUCAUUGGACUCUAUUUUUGGCUUCUUUUGCUUACUGGUCUCUCUGUCAUCGGAACAGUCAAAUGGAUUUUCCGUAUUCGAAGCAGAAAAGCGAACGAGGUGAUGAUCUUCAAAUUGAUCAAAAAAGUGCUGGAAAACGAGCCGCACGACAGUAAGAUGUUCGAUUAUCGCUUCAAUUUCGUUCAUGAUUAUCUCUGCGCCGACGGCAUUCUUCUCAUUUAUUUUAUGAUGGACACGAAUGGAUUUUUGAAGACUGAAGAGGUCAUUGGAGCGCUCUUCAGGAAAUAUGUUUCCGAGGCGGGCGCAUUGCCGCCCUACGAAGCAACGAUUGAGGACACCUAUCAAGUGCUUCUAGAAGAACCGGACAAGGCCAGAGAAAUUUUGAUACUUCAUGACACGGCUGGCGUCUCGAAUUACGGUCCCGUUGAGCUCAAAAAAGCCUAUAUUCAAGCGGCCGACGCGUUUGUUCUAGUCUAUUCGUCAGCGGAUUAUGAGUCAUUCAACCGGGUGGAUUUGUUGAAAAAAUGGAUUGAUCGACAGUUUGGAAAGGAUAAGAAGGAGGUGCCCAUCGUAGUCCUAGCCAACAUGCGGGAUCGGCCGGCUACAGUAGACAGCGCAUUCGCUAACAGUUGGGCGGCUCGAGAAAAAGUGAAACUAUUCGAAGUGAGUGCGAAAGAUCGUCAAAGUCUCGUCGACUUCAUCCACUACGUUGGCCAUCGACACUUCCAUCCCACCAAAGAAUCAAAAUUCUCACUAUCCAAAAAGCUGAAAUCGGAGAAGUCUUCAAAUCCAGCAAUUUUAAUGGAUUUUUAA